CCCGUGUAAAACCCCUUCAAAGAGACCAUUCGUUUCUUCUGAGACUAAAAUGGUGAAAAUGCUAUCGUCUUCUCUGCUCACUCUUCCUCCCCGUCCCUCAUUCCUUGCUCCAUCCCAACGUCUCCGUUUCGUGUCCUUGGAAGUCAUUAAUGGCGCCCUUUGGGCUCCCAGAAGAUUCGGCCCCAAAGCAUCCUCCGUCUACACCACCAGAAGUGAGCUCGACUCCGUCAACAUCGCCGAUGACGUCACCCAGUUAAUUGGGAGAACACCUAUGGUGUACCUCAACAAAGUUACACAAAGCUGCGUUGCAAAUAUUGCUGCAAAACUUGAAUCUAUGGAGCCUUGCCGAAGUGUGAAGGAUAGAAUUGGUUCUAGUAUGAUAUCUGAUGCUGAAGAGAGAGGGGUAAUUACUCCUGGGAAGACUAUAUUAGUUGAACCAACUAGUGGAAAUACUGGACUUGCUAUUGCUUUUGUUGCAGCAACUAAGGGAUAUAAAGUUAUAGCUACCAUGCCUGCAUCCAUAAAUCUUGAAAGGAGGGUUCUUUUGCGUGCAUUUGGUGCAGAUGUUGUUUUGACCGACCCAGAGAAAGGUCUGAAAGGGGCUGUUGAUAAAGCUGAAGAACUUGUUAUCAGCAUGCCAGAUGCUUACAUGUUUCAACAGUUUGAUAAUGCCGCUAAUACCAAGAUCCACUUCGAAACUACAGGGCCUGAAAUAUGGGAGGAUACUAUGGGUAGCGUUGACAUUUUUGUUGCUGGGAUUGGAACUGGUGGUACUGUUACAGGCACAGGGCGUUACCUGAAGAUGAUGAAUAAAAAAGUAAAGGUUGUUGGUGUCGAACCUGCAGAGAGGAGUGUAAUCUCAGGAGAAAGCCCAGGUUAUCUACCAAGCAUUUUGGAUGUUAAAUUGCUUGAUGAGGUUAUCAAGGUUACCAAUGUUGAAGCUGUUGAAAUGGCAAGGAGAUUAGCACUGGAGGAAGGUUUGCUGGUUGGUAUUUCAUCAGGCGCUGCUGCAGCUGCUGCAAUAAGUUUAGCAAAAAGGCCGGAGAAUGCUGGGAAACUUAUUACAGUUAUAUUUCCAAGCUUUGGGGAGAGGUAUAUUCCUACUGUUCUUUUUCAUUCUAUCCACGAAGAGGUCAAGAAAAUGCGACAAAGAUAGCUUGAAACCGCUCCAGAAAUGGAGUGCUCUAGAGAAUUGAGUCAAAACUCACCACCCUGUUCUAUUACUAGGUGCAAUUUUUCGCCCAAGGCCCGGUAAUAGAAGGUUUAUGAGUUUUCUUUUUCUCUUACCUUGGAAAUGUUCUUUUGGAGGUUCAGCUUGGCCUUUCCUUUUUGUUUAGUUUUUCUUUUCAUUUUUAUCCAAGAAAAAUAUUCAAAUGUUGUUAAUGUGGUUGUACGUUUUAGGUAUAUUCUUUGUUUAUAAGUAGUAGAAUACAUGUUAAGUUACAAUAUUCUACCGUUGCAUAAUGUGAAGGCAAGUUUCAGAGCAGGAGUCACCUUUCAAAACGGGGCUGUUAUGAAGAUUUUAUUAUUGUGAA